AUGAAAUAUGUGAAUUCAAAGCGUGAAUUUUACAAAUGGCAAAGAGUAUCAUUAUUUUUAAAUAUACGUUAUUUAACAACCAUAACAAAUAACUUACCUAAAAUUUUAGAGUGCAUAAAUAAAAAUAUCGACUUAUUAUCUCGUGCAAAAGAUUGGAAAUCUUUAAGGAAUACUUGUGAAGAUGUUCAAAAAGAGGCACAGUCAGAAGAUUUGUGGAAUGAUUCAUCAAUGGCUUCUAAAUUUCAAAAGCAUUCUGGUAGACUUUUAAAAAAGAUUGAAAUGUUUGACAAGUUGACUAAAAAAGUGAAUGAAAUUAAUGAAUUAUCUAUUUUAGCACAAGAAGAAAAUGAUCAAGAUUUCUUGAAUAUGGUCAUAAAAGAUGCAAAUGUAGAUUUAAAUGGAUGCAUUAUUCAAGUUACUCCUGGUGCUGGUGGAAUUGACAGCAAUGAUUGGGCUGAAAAGUUAUAUAGAAUGUAUGAAAAAUGGGGUAUCAAGAAUAAUUUUCAAGUUGAAGAAUUAGAUUAUAUUAGUAAUGAAGAAGCAGGAUGUAAAUUAGCUUCAUUAAGAAUUAAAGGCGAUUAUGCUUAUGGUUGGUUAAAAUAUGAAUCUGGAAUUCAUCGUUUAGUCAGGAUUUCUCCUUUUGAUGCACAGAAUAGAAGACAUACAUCAUUUGCUUCUGUGAUGAUUCUUCCAUCCGUUGAAGAAAAUGACUUGAUCACUCGUGAAGCAGUAAAUAUUCAAAAUAUUGAUCUCAAGAUUGAAACUUUUCGUUCAAGUGGUCCCGGAGGCCAACAUGUUAAUGUAACAUCAAGUGCUGUUAGAAUUACACAUAUACCUACAAAAAUUGUAGUUCAGUGCCAAAAUGGAAGAUCACAACAUACAAACAAGUCAACUGCAAUGGAAAUGCUUAGAAGUAGGCUUUAUGAUAAAGCUUUGAAAGAAAAAAAUAAUGCAAAGAAAGAAAUGCACUCAAAAUUACCCGAAAAUGCUUGGGGAUCGCAGAUUAGAUCUUAUGUUUUAUAUCCUUAUCAAUUGAUCAAAGAUUCAAGGACAGGUUAUGAAACUUCUCAAACUGAAUCUGUAUUGAGUGAAGGUGAAUUAGAUGGGUUGGGAUUAAAAACAAUACCUGUCUUGAAUCAAGAUAUAUUGUUAACAUUAAUGUGA